CUUGAAAAUCUCGAGGCCCAUGAACACUUGACGAAGACCAACAAAAAGCCAAACGAGCAAACGAGGCGACCGCGACAACUCUAGCGCAACAACAAACAGUCCAAGCAAGAUGUCAAGCCACAGCCGCAGCAGCCGCAGCAGCAAAGGAAGCAAGAAGAAGAAGGAGAAGUCGGAGGAGCAAAAGACGGAGGAGGCGAAGAGAUGGUGGAUUCCAGAAGAAGCGCCAGAAUACGCCGGUGCUCCUAGUACUACUACUACUGGUACUGGUACUGGCACUGGUAGUGCUAGUGCUAGUGCGUCAAACCUGGGUGGCGCGGUUCCGCCCCCUCCUCCUGCAGCCAGUGUGCCAAGCUUUGUCCUCCAAGAAGAUGCCGGGUUAAACCUGGACUUGUCCUCCUCGAAAUUGGCGCACUAUGAUCAAGUUAGACAAGAAAAAAAGAAGCAGAAGGCGCCCAUGGCCAUGGCGAAGAUACAAAGACCCGGAAGCGCUGCGCAACCUCGCAUGUCCAAGGCACAGCGAGCUCAGUCUGCACGCGUAUUACCUACUGGGAGUCCACCCCCGCCCCCUCCUACCUUCUCCUCGGCUUCUAGCACUGGGGGGGCGCACAAGCAUACUGCCGGUAGUACUACUAGUACUAACAGACCUGCCAUCAAACAGAGAGCCGCGUCAUCCAGGGGACUAGCCAAGUCCAUGCAUGCCCCACCACCAGCAGCAGCAGCAGCAGCACCAAGGGCGCCGCCUACUUUCAUGCAAGCUCCAGCACCACCAAAAUCUUCCCGGAUGGCCAUGAACCGAGCACAGUCGGCGAGAUUUCCCACUGGGACUGCUGUCGGUAGGGCCACGCCUCCACCGCCACCACCACCAUCAUCUGUUCAAGCAAAGCCAGGUGCUUCACGCAUGGCCAUGAACCGAGCGCAGUCGGCGAGAUUCCCCACAAGCAAGGCACCCCCACCACCGCCGCCGCCUCCCAGUGCUCCCACCGCCGCCAAUCCCAUUCCCGCGCGCAUCACCAUGAAUCGAGCACAGUCGGCAAGAUUUCCCACUGGAUCCAGUGCCCCGCCACCACCAACAUCGUUUGGUAAUCAAAGCAUGGCCAUUAGUUCCUCCACGCAUGCACCAAAAUCGGCACGAAGCAACAUGAAACGAGCACAAUCGGCAAGGCUGCCGGGAGCAAAGCCUCCACCGCCGCCGCCACCACCAUCAACGGGGGCUACUCCUCCUCCUCCACCAUCAACGGAUGGUACUCCCGUCGUGGCUGAAGGAGUGCCCGUUGGAGAACCCAUUGUCAUUUCGGCAGCCGUACGAAACCAGUUCGACGAAGACUUUAAUGCCGGACACGAAAAACCUAAAAAGAAGAAGAAGAAGAAAAAGGAAGAAGAAAAACCAACAGAGACCUUCGAGGACGAACCUGAAGACGACGAAGAUGUCUCUGUCAGUCAACACGACGAAGAAUUGGAUGCCGAUGAAAAAGCGGUACAAACAGAGAAAAAAGUCAGAAUGCAGUUUUGCAUUGGAAUCUUGACGGCUUGCGGGCUUCUCGCAAUCGUUCAAUUCAUUGCGUUCUUGUGUCGAAAGUUUGGCAAUGCGGAUGACGCGGGGGUGGAUGAAGGAGACGUGGUGCAUGCCGUGCAAGCAGGAGCGCCUCCGGCACCAGUGCCCGGAACCGAAACAGCCAUUAAUACCGCCGUGGCACAACAAAUGGCUGUGGCAGCGUCACAGGGAGCGGCGGCAAGUACUGCGGCAGGAGGAGCAUCCGCUGCAGCCGUCUCUGCCGCAGCGGUUUCCGCAUCCCUCGUUUCCGUUUCAUCGUCCGCUAGUUUGGUCGGAGUCUCGGCUGUUACCGUCACAGGGGUGGGAAUGGCCACCGGUGUACUACCCAAUCCCUUCGUGGUUCCACCCAAGCAUCCAUGCCACGAAUUCAUUGCCGACAUGACGCCUCGUCCGGGACAUGUCAACUUGCAUCUCGAUGGCUUGCCACACAACUUUUUCAGUGUCAACAAGAACACACCCGCCGUGGAGACGGCAUUCGCCGAAGCCUUCAACAACGCUAUUGGAGUGUGUCUCGAACAUACAGUCGCAGGACACAAUGACACCAAUUCCACUGAUGACUGGGAUGUUGGAACGGGAGUCUACGCGCGAUACCUCGAAAAUGCAACUCUCGACGGAUGGGAUUACUGGAAGACCGUUGACAAGGCCACAGGCGAGCAGACCUUUUUCUUCACAACAGAAUGGCUGGCAUUUGUCAAUUGUGAUGAUGUGGACAACAAGGGAAAGUCAAAAGGGUGCAGUGAGCUAGAACCGUUGUUUUACGAAGGAGAUCGACCAGAAGCACCUCCACCGGACGCCAAUAGCUCUCUCGUGUUGCCUUCACGACGACUGCUCAUGCUGGACGAUCCCAUUGAUCGGUGGUUGGAGGAAACCGGCGGUGGAGGUCAGCCCAACUUGCAACUCUUUAUGGAUACCUUUGCCCAAGAACUACAAAAUCUGCUCAUCAAGCUCAACGGCAAGGGCAAUGGCAAGGUCCAAAUACCAUCUGUGUUUUAUGGAGAGUCCAGAGCCACCAACGACUCCGUCACCAUUGUAGAAACGGAAGGGACAAAGUUCGUGUAUGCGCAGUUGGUGUCGGGAUCAGGGGCCAGCGGAGCAAUUGAUCGACCUCUUGGAAUGCCCACGUGCACGCUUCCCAAUGGAUUGCCUUCGCCCACCCUGGAACUCAAAGAGGGUUACCUCAAAAUGAGAUUUCAUGGCGUCGAAAAGUCUUUCUUCGAUUCUAAAGCCGACAUUGUUCAGCAAGAAUUUCGAUCGGUCUACAACGAUGAGAUGAAAGCUUGUGACGGUACCUACAGUCGAGUCGUGGAGAAAGCCGAUGUCCUGAGUUGCAAUGAAUGGCGAGAGCAAGGGCAGGUCAUGAUGGCUUGCAACUUUAGUGCCAUUGUGUCCUGUGAUGGAUGCGACGAUCAAGAACCUCUCUUUUUGGUCCAUGGAAGCCCAAGCAGUGCUGACCGAGCUGGACGUCGCCUGGAGAUUGCCUCCGACACGCAACUGGCAAAGUUUGCCAAUGCUUUUGCUGCAGCCUUGACGUUUCAGUACAAGAAGGGGAACCCAGAGGGCACGGUGAAUGUUUAUUAUGUUGCUUCUUUGGAUCAAAACCUUGCUGUCAUGGAUGAAGCCGGAGAGACGACCAGUCCGUUUGCGAUCCCACAAGGAGUCUUGGUCGAUUGUGCUACGAUGGAGCCACCUCCUGAUAUUGAUGCUCUCGAAGAAGGAAAGUUUCAGUUGUCAAUCAAGCACCUUGUCAAGGACAUGAACAAGACCAUUCUGGAAGCGGUCAUGCAAGAUAUCUAUAAUGAAAUCACAGAGAUGUGCGACGGACCCUUGCAGCGGGUGGCACAUCGAUUGACGAUUGACCAAAUGGAGCAGGUAGUGGUGGACGACAGGGAAACUUUUGUUGACAUGAACAUGACCACAAAAAUGACUUGUACCGAUUGUGACGGCCUGCAAGAGCCCCUGUUCAUGCAAUCGCCAACAGGUGCUGCUCGUCGGUUUUUGCAAGAAGCUUUGUUUGAGCGUUUCCAGGCGAAACUGACGACCGAGGUCAACGCCUUGCUGGCUGAUUUCACCACCACACCAUACUACGAGGAUGGCGCCAAGCUCUUUGAAUCGAGUGACCCCAAUGGUCAGUACAGGCCGAUCGAGAUCGCCUACGCUGCGACGUACGAUCGCAGUGGACAGGUCCACCACACAGUGGGAACAGCCGUCCACACCAACAUUUUCCAAUCCAACAAUGCCGCCGACGUGAUUCGUGCAAAAGACGAUGUGAUUAUUUCUGUGGAAGUGUGCGAAAAAGACCUGAAGAAUUCCGACGCUAUUCCUCGGGACCAUGGCUUGAAGGCUGAGGAAUACUUUGUCUUUGUGAAGGCUCUGUUUUUUUCGAUGAAUCCAGGCCAAAGUUGGCCGCAGAGUCUUGGCAACUACAAUGAUUUGCCAGUGGAUGUGAAGAACAACUAUGAGACGUUUGCCGAGGGAGGCGAAAUGGAGUUCGGUAAGAAGACUCCAGCCGACUUUGCAGCAGAAGAAGCUCGAAUCAUUCGAUUGGAGGCGAUCUGUUACUACACCAGCCAUGCCAUCCGGGACAACAUCCAGGGCGUUGUCAUUACAGAUGCUCCCACGACAGCGUCGCCAACUACAGGACCUCCCACAGCGGCGCCGACAACAUUGGCACCCACCAGAGAACCGACUGCUCCUGGCACAAGCACUCCAAGCUCCUUGGCUCCCAUCACAGCGUCGCCUACUAUCCCUCCUUCGUCGUCUCCGUCUGUGAGUGCCGCUCCCACCGAGACUCGCAUUGUGAAUAUUCAAGUUGAAUGGCAAUUCAACAUGGACCCGAAUGAUCGUGAUGCCACAGAUCAAGAAUACCAAGACCUGGCAACCAGCAUCAACGACUGGCUCUCAGCGAACAUGGCCUCAGCGUAUUCCUUAGAUACCGCGUUCAACCUUGAUUCCAUUUUGGAAACUCGUUUUGUUUCCAAAGAGUACUUUGAAGGCGCGAUCACAACAGACCGGGAGUACAACUUGGUGGCAUUUACCAGUUCUGAUUUUGUGUUCCGAGGCGACCAACCCACUCCCCGUGUUGUCUUUGAGAAGUUUGAUGGUUUCGAUUUGAAGGCGUUUGGUGAGAGCUUGUGGGUUCUAAAUCCCGAACCCGGUCAAGAUAUUUGGAUCUUUGACAACGUGUUGGGUGUUGCUGCUUUGAAUGCCGACCGCGGCUAAAGCGCAUGCAGUUCGUUUAUUCAUUUGAUUAUUUGAUUAUUGCUGCGUGGACUCGACUGUCACGUCACUCGGAUUGUGCGAUGUGGGGCAAAUCAUCGCUCGUGUUACGGUUGGAGUGACAGUCAAGUUCAGAAAGCGUCAUAACUAUUACAUGUAUUAGAUUGAUUGAAUCUUCAGUUAGUUAUUUGGUUAGUUGUACAUGUAGCUACUUGUACUCACGGACAUGCCUGUCUGCACUGGACGAGUCUCAGUCGAGCGCACAUGCUGCGUCUCUACAAGCAACCCUGUCCAAACAGCUGUCCAAACUAAGUAUUGGAUUGAAUCUUUAGAAGUCUGGUCGAGUAGAGUGGAGUCCAGUCCACCCAACUGGAUCUAAUGGUGAACUAGUACUGGUACCAAACUGCCAGUCAUUUCUGUUUGGACUUGUGAGCUGGCUAGUAGCUGGCUGGGUGCAGCUACGGCCCCGCAGUCCAGGCAACAAACGAGGAAGAACCAGCUAGCUAGUCUAGUCAAUAGUAGAAGGAAGCUAAGAGAGCGUGUUUGUGCAUUUGGUUAGCUAGUACUACACCUAUGUCGGUAGCUAGCUUGCUAAUGGGCAUUGUUGCUACUGGUAGGGUACCGGUAGGGUACAGCCCGAAGCCUACGAGAAGCACAAUCGGGCUGGGUACCGGUAUGCAUCUUCCUGGGGAGGAUGGUUGUUUCUAGCUAGCUAGUAGCUACUGGAGUAGUAGCAAGUUUGGCUGUGGCAACCAUGGCUGCAUCUUUUCUAUCUAUCUGUCGCUCUGUGUAGCUAGCUAGCUAGCUACCGGUACCACAUACAUACAUGCUGUAGCAAACCGGUGUGGAUUCUCUGUGAAACAAAGAAAGAUCUAGAAAGAAUUCAAACUCGGAACCAUCAACCAUUCCAUGUGUCUCCUGGCUUUGGUUGCUUGGUUGUACCAUUGGGAAAGGGAAGGAAGCAAUCGAGAUCGUAGAUGCUUGGUCUGAAUGGGGAAGCCUGGUUUGAUGGUGUGGCUGGGAAGAGGGCGUCCGAAUUGAAAUUGUGAGAGUGUUUGGGGCUUAUUAUCUCAAUCGUGUGUCAGCUGUCAGAAGUCAUACUUGGUUUCCCUUGAGGCUUGUGAAGGUCAUUUUGUUAAUUGAAACGUGGCAAGGGUUUACGGUAGGAUACAGAAUUUACAGAAACUUUAAUUCUUCAUUGUCACCUACCCAGCACAUGAACUUCGAAAAGAACGAGGUGGAAGUUUGAAUCUCGAUGACUGCUUGGUGCAUGGAAACACGAAGACAACAAGCAUCAACAAACUUUCAAUUCAAUUCGCCAACCAAUUCACCAACAAGACAAAGGCGCCAGUAAACUACCAGUAUUAGAAGAAGAAGAUCACCAUGGCGUCCCGCAGCAACUCCAUCAAGAAUUGGCACGAGAGUUUCAACCGAUUGGACGACGAAGACGAAGAGUCGUUGGAAGACUUGGACGACGAGAGAAGUGCCAGUGCGCGUCACGGAGAUCACAAUCGCAGCUUUGUCGACUUUCUCUUCGACCAUGGCGGUCCGUCUACUACAGCACCACCUCGUACCGGUAGUAGCGCUACACCAACAACAGCAACUACUACUAGUACUAGUACUAGUACUACCGGUAGUAAGAGCGGCCAUGACAGCUUGGAAGAUCUUGGUGUUGAUCUUGGUGUUGCCGCCUUCCAUCCCAUGGCGCAACACGCCGUGGUGAAUCCCGCCACUCUCAGU